CUUUUAUGUUGAUACUCGCGAAAAAUGGCGGCGCAGAGAGACAGUGAUGAAAAGAAAGGCGAUGAAGAGGACAUAUCCUCAGUUAUGGGCUUCUCUGGCUUUGGUAGAAAAGCUCGGACGUUCGACUUGGAGGCUAUUUUUGAACAGACUCGGAGGACAGCCAUCGAAAGGAGCCAACGAGUAUUAGAAGACCGUCAGCAGCUGGAGUCUCAGAUAUCCGGCCCCAGUGCUGCUUCCUCCGCGGCGUCUGCCUCCAGUCAGAAACAAAGAGCGUCUGCUUCCACUUCUAGACAGAAGGAGAGUGACGACAGCAGUGACAGCAGCGACUCUGAGCCCAUUGGUCCUCCAGCUCCUCCUUCACAAGCUGACGACGACGAUGAGCCGAUCGGACCGCCGGUCCCACCAGGCUUCAGCCGCACUGCUGCCGCCGCCGCCGCCGAUGAUGAUGAAGAAGACGACGACACAAUGGAGGAGGACGAAGAUGAUGACCCAGUAAAGAAGAUUCCAGACACUCAUGAGAUCACGCUUCAGCAUGGUACAAAGACGGUCUCAGCUAUGGGUCUCGACCCCUCCGGCGCUCGACUGGUCACCGGCAGCUAUGAUUUUGAUGUCAAGUUCUGGGACUUUGCCGGGAUGGAUGCAGCACUACAGGCCUUCAGGUCCCUACAGCCUUGUGAAUGUCACCAAAUCAAAUCCUUACAGUAUAGUAUAACCGGUGAUGUGAUCCUGGUGGUGGCGGGAAACUCCCAGGCUAAAGUCCUGGAUCGGGACGGCUUCCAAGUCUUAGAGUGCAUCAAAGGGGACCAGUAUAUUGUGGACAUGGCCAAUACCAAGGGUCACACGGCCAUGCUGAACAGCGGCUGCUGGCACCCCAAGAUCAAAGAAGAGUUCCUCACCUGCUCCAACGACGGGACGGUGCGGACCUGGGACCUGAACAAUGAAAAGAAGCACAAGUCCGUAUUCAAGCCUCGAUCGAUGCAGGGCAAGAGGGUCACCCCCACCUGCUGCACGUACAGCCGAGACGGCAAGCUGAUCGCCGCCGGCUGCCAGGACGGUACCAUCCAGAUCUGGGACAGAAACUUAAGCGUCCAUACCAAGUUCCACUGCCGGCAAGCCCAUGCUGUUGGUUCGGACACCUCCUGCCUCACCUUCUCCUACGACGGAACCACGCUCGCUUCACGAGGAGGGGAUGACACUUUAAAGACAUGGGACAUCCGCAACUUCAAGAAGCCUCUCAACGUUGCCACGGGGUUGUCCUCGUUCUUCCCGAUGACAGACUGCUGCUUCAGUCCUGAUGAUAAACUCCUGGUGACGGGGACCUCAGUGAAGCGUGACCAAGGCAACGGCAAACUGGUCUUCUUUGACAGAGAAUCCUUUAAGAAAGUAUACGAGAUCGAGGUGGCUAGCGCGAGUGUUGUUCGCUGUCUCUGGCAUCCGAAGCUGAACCAGAUCAUGGUCGGGACGGGGAACGGCCUAGCCAAAGUCUACUACGACCCAGUCAAGAGCCAGAGGGGUGCCAAACUUUGCGUGGUGAAGAGCAAGAGGAAAGAGAAGCAGGCCGAGACGCUGACGCAGGAUUACAUCAUCACACCCCACGCAUUGCCAAUGUUCCGCGAGGCCAGACAGCGUAGCACUAAGAAGCAGCUGGAAAAAGACAGGCUCGACCCUAUGAAGUCCCACAAGCCCGAGCCGCCCGUGUCCGGCCCAGGCAGAGGGGGUCGCGUGGCCGCCCACGGAGGCACCCUGUCGUCCUUCAUCGUCAAGAACAUCGCUCUGGACAAGACCGAUGACAGCAACCCCCGCGAGGCCAUCCUGCGCCACGCCAAAGAGGCGGCCGAGAACCCCUUCUGGGUCGCUCCCGCGUACAAAAGGACUCAGCCGAAUCCCUUGUUUGCUGAGGAAGAAUCUGAGGAUGAAGAAGACGACAAGGAGCCGGAGUGGAAGAAACGCAAGAUCUGAAAACGAGAGCCGCUUUUCGGUUCUCCUCCUGAAUUCGGUGGAGUUGCCACCUUGUGUAUAUUUCACUAUAAGAACGUUCAGGACGUAUUCUCAUCUCAUGCUUUAGUGCGUGUUGGUGUGUUAUAAAGGAGAGAGAAAGACAGCAUGAGCAUCAUUCAUUGCUCAUAUGUUAUUGAUUCCAUGCAAAUAAUGAAUGUUGAUUUGGAUCUUUUUUGGUUGUUGUUUUUUUUGUUUUGUUUUUUUGUAAAAGUUUAUUUUUAAAGACUUUCACUUUGUAUUUUUGUGUCAUGUUGCAAAAAUAAACACACAGCGUGUGCAGCCAAGGCACGCGUCUGGAUUAGGAAAAG